AUGGAGAAAGCUCCUAGUAAAUCAGCUAUGAAGAGACGACAAGAACUUGUCGAUAUAUUGAUGAGUAACAGACCGUCAGCAAUACAAUCACAUCAAUCAUCGACAUCUUCUGCUACCGAAUCAGUUAUCAGCAUGAUAAUGCCCAAGCCUAGUAAAUCAGCACAAGCUAACAAUGAAUUGUCAAUCGCACGUUUAUCGGGCAUCGCAUGGAUGUGGAAGGCAAAUAUUGAUCCUCGGUCAUCAACUGAACCCGACGAAUGGAAAAACUAUUCUGAUAUUGAAAAUAUGAUUAUAGAAGAGAUUAACAAUAACAAUACCAAUAAUCAACGACCUGUCCAACGAAUUGUGAUGGGCGAACGAGCAGAGCAACGAUUGAGAGAAGCUCCAUUUAUGCCGAAUUCAAUCAAACUCAAUGCUUCAUUUCGUAAAAAUCAUGUAUUAACAUCAACUUUGGAAUUCGUUCGAGCAACAAGAGAGAAAUUCCAGUUUCAAUGUGAAAAUCUUGAAGAUGAACUUCCAACAAUUGUCGAAUAUGUUGCUCUUGGUCUUAUCAUCGAAGGAAAAUUAGUUGACAAAAAAUGUGAAGCGGAAUGGAUGGCGGAACAAUUGAGAAAAAUGAGCAGAAACUCGAAAGUAGUGAUCGAAAAAUGCUGUGCACGUCUUUAUACAAUGGAAAGUUUUCUUUAUCAAAAACUCAAUGAAGCUAUGUGA